AUGCAACGACUUGUUCAGGCAGUACGAUCUUGCCAAGAAAUUCUGCAGCAAUCGCUUGGGAGGGACACGGAUGGUAUGAAGAAUGUCUUCAACCGUUGUAGACGUGUUGCCUCCUCUCCAGCUUCACGGGAAAAGGGCUUAGAAAACACAACGGUUGCAGAAGUAUUGAUGACAAAGGGAGAAGAAAAAGUGGGAUCUUGGCUAUGGUGUCGCACUGAUGACACUAUCCACGAUGCUGUAAAACAAAUGGCCCAAAAUAAUGUUGGAUCCUUAGUCGUUCUGAAGCCAGGAGAGCAACAACAAAUUGCAGGAAUCAUCACAGAAAGAGCAGACUACCUGAGGAAGGUAAUUGCACAGGAUAGACCUUCUAAAUACACAAGAGUUGCAGAAAUCAUGACUGAUCAGAACAAGUUGAUAACGGUGACAUCCGAUACAAACAUUCUUCAUGCAAUGCAUCUCAUGACAGAGAAUCACAUACGGCAUGUUCCAGUAGUCGAUGGAAAGAUUGUUGGAAUGAUAUCUAUCGUAGAUGUUGUCCGGGCAGUGGUAGAGCAGCAAAGUGGGGAAGUGAAGAGACUAAAUGAGUUCAUCAAGGGAGAAUACUACUAAAAUGUGAAGACUCCAUCAGACAUCAUCUUGUAUACACAAAAUCCCCCAUGGAUGUAUAUCUUAUUAGAAGACUCGACUUCGUUUCUCUGCACACGGCUGUUAUUGCAAAUGCUGGUUAAU